CUUAUCACAGAGUGACACAGAGCUAAUUGCACGCUGUGUGAGUUACUUUACUUAACGUAAUACCUGCUGUACACGAAACUUUUAAGCAAGAUAAUCUUGGAGCAAUCCAUGGUAAUGCCUAUGAGGUAUAAAGUGGUACAAUACAGACGUCAACAUACUUUAACGUUAGUGAUCAUGAAGAUGUUAUUUCAUCCGAAUUUUGCGGUCGUCUUUUUGUGUGCUUUUUCUUUGUGCAAUUCGUCAGAUGUGUCAAUGUAUUUCACCGCAAAGGUUCCUGCAUCUGGGAAUUUUGAAGGCUCCACGGGAAAUGGACUUAUGGAAACAUUUGCGAAUGUCGUAACGUAUUCAGGCUGUGGAAGUAUCUGUGUUUACAGGGGAACAUGCAUGUCCUUUAUAGCCGAUAACACGACAGCGCAGUGCCAAAUAUUUGAUCGGAUAUUAUGGAGACAAGAAACCCCAGCGCCACAGGCAGGAGCGGUGUACUUCCAGAAGGUCUUUUUUACGUGUCCCAGUAACUACAUAUACUACCUUGGCUAUUGUAUCAAGGAGUACACCACCCUGGUAACAUGGAUGAUGGCACACGAACAGUGUCAGAAGGAUGGAGGGCUGCUCUUCCACUUCUCCACAGUCGAUCGACAUAACUAUUACAAAACGAUAAUGAACACGAACAACGUAUACCACAUCGGAGGGUUCAAACAGGGCGGGAACUGGAUCUGGACCACUGGAGAUCUCCUGUCCGGAGGUUUUAGCAACAUGGUAUCGACCGUCAGUCCGGGCCUCUGUCUCACCGUGGACGCCACCGGAUCAUGGCAAUGGGACGCUAUUGACUGUAACGUGGACUUACACAAAUAUCUCUGUGAGAUCAGCGUGUUCACUCCGUGACCUCGGGACAAAUUCUUUAAUAAUGUCAUUUGUAAUAUUUAAGGAUCCCCAAAGCACUGCCAAAUACUUUAACUAAGUAUUGUAGAUUAUUUUCCCCGAUAUUACUAUAGAUUUGAUUAAUCAUUUCUGAAGAGAACACAAUACAUUUCGGUUUGGUUUUAUAGGGUAUUUAAAGACGUGCCUCCAUUUGUGUUAUGUAUGUGUGCAUCUGCGUAUGUGUGCUGGAGGCAGGCUAUGUCGGUGUAUUUGCCUCCCUGCCAUAGCACGGAUCUGAUGCCGACUUUAUAGUGCUAGCUCACUGAAAUACCACACCGAAGGCACCCAGCACGGCGUUCCACCCGGCCACAUUUUAUUAACAACGAGUAAACCAGGUGUUGCCAUUACAUAAAUGCUUAACGUUAAGCAGGGAAUAACACCUACCAUUUUAAGGCCUUUGGUAUGUCCCGGCAUUAGGAGAGAACCCAUUCCUUCCUCGCCUAUUCAAAUGUUCAAUAUUAAAGCCAAAAAGUGAUGGAUUGCCAAACGAAGCGCUAGGAAUUAAGGGAAGCUAGAAGUAGAGAGAAAUGUAAAGGUCCAAAUUAUUACAAUAUGUGUAGCUGAAAUUCUGUUCGUCGCUUUCGUUUCCCAAAGUAGAGAGUACAAACGCAUAUCUCCAAUUCUGUGGGGGUUUCCACAUUGGUCCCAUUUUACGAUCAUGAUGUUGGUGAAAACAGAUGUAUUCUUUUCUCAAUCCUGCAUGAUCUUACUGGAUUUUUAUUAGAACUAAUAAAGGUUAAAUAAACAAAAUAUAAUCAAUAACAUUUUUUUUAUAGUGUAGACAGUCAGCGGGGCUAGACCGGGGUUCGAACACUGGACUGUCAUCCUAUCGCUCUCACCGAUUGAGCUACUUGUUCAAAGGAACUGUUCUGGUCGAACUGUGCUAAAGUUAUAUACAAGCGGAAGUUGAGGGGAAAUAACUGUACAUAGGAAAACACAGAACAGUGGGACAGGGGUCCUUAAUACAGUCUUCAUUUUCUUUGAAGUCAAUGCAUGUAUUUUGUAAGAGUCAUUGUAAUUAUUGUAUUAGACUACAAAACAUACUUGUUUAUGA